AUGAAAGCUCGGAUGAGAAUGCUUAGUGGAACAUCAAUCUUCAAAGCAUGUUUGUAUCUUGAUCCACGGUUUAACUUUGCAGGAUCUGGAAGAUUGAAUGCUGAAGACAAAUCUGAAGUACAGAAAUAUUUGAUAGCUUUGGACAAAAAGCUUGACGAAAUUUCGGGAGUUGAUAAAACUGACGUGCAUGAUACACCCCCACCUACUUUGAUGGACGAUAGGAUUGAAAAAUAUCUGACAGAUUUUUUCAACGAGGAAAAGAUUAUGAAGUUGGAAUCACGAGAUAAGGUGAACAUAACGGAUUCGCCAAAUAUCAAUCCACAAGCUUCUUCAUCAAAAUCAAUCCCGUUGCUUACAACUCACUUCGAUAUACUUGAUUAUUGGAGAAAGCGUCGAUUCACCAAUCCUCGUUUGUAUCGUCUCGCAAAACCUGUACUAUCGGCUCCUUCUACGCAAGUGUCAGUUGAAAGGCUAUUCAGCCAUUUCAAAAAUGUUUUGACGGAUACUCGGAUGCGUUUGGCUGGCUAUACAUUUAAUGAUAUAAUGAUCCUUAAAAUGAAUGAUGAUCUUUUACCAAAGAUUGCAGAGGAUCUUGACGCUGCAUUUUGUAAGGGUGUGAAGAAUUAUGAGGCAAUUAAGAAAUGA